AUGGAGUUUAUUAAAGAGGAGAUUGAAGACAUGACUGAUCCAGAACCAUCCAGAAUAAAACAUGAAGAUACUGAGGAACAAACAGAUUGGAUGGAAGUGAAAGAGCAAAGACAACAACUGGAGGAAUUUAAGGAGGAACAUCAUGACGUUAAAAUUCAAGAAACAAAAGCCAAAAAGCUGCACACCUGCACUCAGUGUGGAAAGAGUUUCACACUGAAAGGAAACCUUAAGACACACAUGAGAAUUCACACUGGAGAGAAAUCGUAUCCAUGCUUUCAAUGUGGAAAGAGUUUUUCUCAAGCAUCAGGUCUCGGUAUUCAUCGGCAGGUUCACUCUGGAGAAAAACCAUUUAACUGUGAUCAGUGUGGUAAAGGUUUUAAUUCACCUUCAGAUCUAAAACUACACCUGUUAGUUCAUUCAGGUGAGAAUCCUUAUGUGUGUUCUCUCUGUGGAAAGAGUUUUUCAAGACUGGACGGUUUUAAACGGCACCAGAAAACACACGAUGAAGUGAGAGAUCAUGUGUGUAGUGACUGUGGGAAGAGCUUUACUAGAUCUGAGUAUCUGAAACUGCACCAAAGAAUUCAUACUGGAGAAAAACCUUACAAGUGCUCAUAUUGUGACAAGAGUUUCACUCAUUCUGGAUCUCUGAAAAAACAUGAGCGAGUUCAUACUGGAGAAAAGCCUUACAAGUGUUCAUAUUGUGACAAGAGUUUCACUCAGUCUCCGAACCUGAAAUCACAUGAGCAACUUCAUACUGGAGAGAAGCCGUACUACUAUAUGUUGGCCUACACUACAGGAAAGGACUAA